UGUAGGCGCCAUCUUUGUAAAUCUGGAGCGAAUUUGAUCUUUCGUGUACUGUCAUCGAGAACAGCCUAGAAUAUCGAUUAUUGUAUGCAGAGAGUAAUGGUUUUCUAAUUUAGUCGUUACAGGGUCUUAUAUUUUUCACCAUGCCAGUACAAACAGAACGAAGUGUCAAUCAUUUUGGAAUAGAGGUUGCCAACAGCAUCACAUGGCAAGGAUGGGAGCCUGGUGGAGAGUACACACAGCAAAUUGUGCUUAAGAAUGUGCAGAUUAAAACUAAAAAGCUGCACUACAAGUCUCCAUCUAGUAGAUUUUUUACAACACUUUACCCUAAGCCAAUUGUGCUAAGCUCUGGAACCAGCUUUACUUUGCCUGUUACAUUCAGACCUCUUGAAAAGGGACAUUAUGAAGAUUGCAUAGAAUUUGAAACAAAUGAGGGAAUUUUUUCAGUUCCUAUGAAAGCAGUCUUACCAAAAGCAGAUAUAGCAGUACCAGAAUCACUUAAGUUCAACAUGUGUGCUGUAAAGGACUGUGUGCAAGUUGUAUUUCAAAUCACAAAUACCAGUGAACUGGUAACAAAUUUCCAUUGGAAAGUGUUGGAGCCAUUUUCAAUUGUUCCUGAAAGUGGUACUCUGUCACCACAAACAUCAUGCAAUAUCAAAGCGACAUUUAGCCCAAAGGCAGCAUUGGUUUAUGAAGGCACUGCAGUGUGUUCUUAUAGUGCUGAGCAAAAAGUUCCUUUUACAAAGCAUGUCAGAUUGGAAGGAAUAGGUAAAUUUCCCCAUCUUGUAGCCAGCAUAUCCAGGCAGACCAAGAACACUCCUACUGAGUUCACAACCAAGGAUGAAUUAGAUUUAAAUUUUGGUGAAGUCCCUGUUCAAACAACAGCUGUCAAGUGGAUUGAGCUACAUAACUUCUCUCCAGUUAAUGCACCAUACCAAGUGUUACAACCGUCUUCUACCUUCAAUAUGGACAUGGUGUUCUCAUGUUCACAUUAUCAUGGUGUUGUCCCAGCAGAAAGUACCAUCAAACUUAAGGUGUCAUUUACUCCACAGAAUCCUGGUUUUCACUCAGUGGAUUAUCUGGAAGUUAUAGCUCUUGGAGCUACCAAUUGUUCUGUUAUUAAAUGCACAGGAAUAAGCAAAGGGCCUGAAGUUGUUCUUGACUGUGACUAUCUUGAUAUGGGAGUUGUAGAAUCUGGCAAGUUUUCAGCUAAAAGUUUCAAGGUUGUUAACAAUUCAGAUGUUCCUGCAGCUUUUCAGUUCAUGAUCGACUGCAAUCAAAGUGUCUUCAAGCUGGAAACAACAUGUGGUUUAUUACCUGGCAAGGGUUCUCAAGUCAUAAUUAUACGCUUUUCUCCAACAAAUCCAAUUAAUUACUACAGGAGACUAACUUGUCUAGUGCAAAACCAGGAUCCAUUGUAUGUUGAUUUGUUUGGAACUUGUCAUACAGAACAAGUUAAACCAGCUGUUUUGCAGAAGAAACAUCUGGACAGGUAUCACAUCCAUGUUAGACGUGGAUUCUCAAAAAUCUCACCAGAGCAACUUAAUGAAGAUCUGAGAACAAACAAACUUCAACUUGAUGAAGAAGGAGCUCUAAUGGCACUGGAGCAUAGUACUUCCUCUAGAGAAUUACUGCCAUCAGUUCAUGAACUUUCACCUAUGGAAGAGUUCUUUUGUCAUGCAUCAGUUGGAGAAACUACUGCCAUUGUUCCUCAUGUCAGUUUAGAUGUUCACCACACAGACUUUGGGCAGCUGCUGGAUCCUAAAGCUGUGGAGCAGAAGACAGUAAACAUCACAAAUCACACAAAGGGAAAAAUCACAUGCAUGUGGAUGAAAGAUACAAAAGGGAUAUUUUCUGUUUCCCCUGAUGAAGCAGACAUCCUCCCCUUAAAAACUGCAUCAUUCCGAGUGACAUUUAGACCAAAUGCUGCCAAUCAGUUUUUUAGUGCUGACCUGGAGUGUUAUGCAUUUUAUAAGAGUAUGAGAGAUUAUCGCCUGGUUGAGGAUACCACUUUGUGCCCUCCCUGGUGCCUUUCACUCAGUGCUACAGGACACACAUUUGCAAUGGGGACUGAAACAUUUAUCCCCAGAAGUCAGUGGGAUGUAAAACAGCUGGUCUUUCCAGCUACCACUGUGGAUGGCAUGUCAUACAGAACAUUGCUGUUGAGCAACAAUGGGCAGAAUCCAAUCCAUUUUGCAUUUGAUGAUGAUCCAUCAGGAGAGUUUACAUGUAGACCUAGAACUGGAUUGCUUACUGAUAAAUAUCAGUUGAUUAUUUUCAAAAUGGCACCAACAGAAGCAAAAGCCUUUAAGUGCACAGUCAAUUGUAAGCUGAAUGAUGCAAACAAGUUUACUCAGGAAAUCAACCUUGUUGGAUCAGCAGAGACUCCAUCUCUAAAACUCAAUAAUCAGGGAACUGUUUAUUUCAAACCAACUUGUUUGGGUACAGCAUCGACAAGGCUGUUUGAAGUAAAGAAUACCUCCAGGAUUCCACUGAGGUUUUCAUGGAAGAUCCCUGGACCUCAUUUUAAAAGUCUUAGCAUUGAUCCCUCUGAUGGAGUCAUUCUACCCAAUGAAACUCAGGCUCACACUUUUAGCUUUAAACCUCAUGAAGAAGAAAAAUAUGUGAUCAAGACAAAACUCUCUGUGAAAGGAUUGCAACCAGAAUCCCAGCAACAAGCACAAGAAGAUAAGUCCUAUCUAGUGAGAGUUAUUGGUGAAGGAUCUCUUGGGGAAAUUGUGUGUCUAGAGGAGGCUAUGACUUUUGGGGACAUUGUUGUGGGAAGCUCUGCCUCUCAAGAGCUAACAAUCCAUAAUAAUAGUGACUGCAGUCUCCACUAUAACCUACUUAUUGACCAGGAGAUAUUGGGACCCUAUGAUGAUGAACAGAUUGCAAGAGAUGUAUUGGCAAUGGAAAUAAGCAAUCAAAAUGGGAUUAUUCCAGCAAGAACUUCCCAGAAAAUAACAGCAACUGCCUAUCCUUCACGCCGUGUUUCCUACAAGUUCAAACUCUUUUAUGAACUUCUCUCAAUUUGUGAUGGUGGAAAACCUCUGAUGACUUGCCCCAAAAGACAACUAGCUGAACUGCAGUGUCAGGGAGUGUAUCCUACUCUGUCUGUGACUGAUGUACGUUGUCUGGGGAGUGGCAAAGCAUACAGCAAAGUGCAGAUAUGGAAUCUCCUAUCACUUGACAGUCUCAAUGAAUGUUUGGAGGCAGAUCCGUCUCCAUCAGAACUCCUUUAUGCUGCAGUCACAAGGCACAGUACCAGGCGCAGAGUCCCUGUCAAUACACGAGCGAUUAUGGACUUAAACUUUGGAGCUGCACCUUUGAAUGGAGAUCCAUGUGUGGUGCAUCUUAACCUACAAAACACAGGCACAGUUCCUGCUGAAUGGGCAUUCUUGUAUCCAAGUGAUCUUCAGCUUGAGUUAGAAUACUGGGCAGAAACAGGAGAGUAUGAUGAAGAUGAACUGCACGAGAUGCAGGUCAUGGAUAAUAAGUUGUUCAGCAUUGAACCCAGAAGAGGAAAGUUGUUGGCUGGAGAGUGUCACACUGUUACUCUUACAUACAGCCACUCAUUUAUUGGCACCAACAAGCUUCCUGUCUUGUUCAAGGUGAUGAGAGGAAGAGAAAUCCUGCUGAACUUCAUUGGUGUGACUGUGGACCCUGACAGUUACUAUGUUCACUUUGCCAGUACAAGGCACCUUUUUGAGCCAGUCCCUGUUGGAGGGACAUCACCACCAGUACAAGUCUAUGAACUGUACAAUGGAGGAUCCAGAGUUGUAAAGUAUGAGCUGGAUAUGGAGCCUCUUGCACAAGUUCAGGCUCAAAACUAUGGCUGCCGCAUCUUUGAAUGUCUGAAUCCAUCAGGGGAGAUUCCCCCAGGGUGUGCUGCUCUGAUUUACUGGCAGUUUGCUCCAUUGGAGGCCAGGACAUACAUGGUUGAUAUACCAGUGCGUAUUAUUGGUGGUGAGACAGUUCUGGUAACAUUCACUGGAGUGGGAUAUGACCAACGUAUCAUGGGAGAGACUCUUCCUAUCAGGGAUGUUGCCAGUAACACAGUCCCUGACAAGCAGGUUGUCCAGGUGCCUAAACAGCUGGCCUAUUUGUCAGUAGAGUGCAUUCCAUUUGGUGAUGUUCCUCUUUACACCAUGUCUCGUCGCAUGUUUUUUCUAACAAACACAUCACAGGACCAUAUCAUAUCCUUCAGAUGGGUAUCAGCUUUAGACCAGGUGGUAAUGAUAGAACCUGAUCAUGGCUUCCUCAAACCACAGCAGAAUGUAUUGCUUAAGGUCUCUUUCUUCUCCUGUGGCACACCAUCACUUUAUGAUAUGGAUAUAAUAUGCGAGAUUGUAGAUGAAACUGAGAUGGCAGAGUACAACCAGCUCCUGAUUGACUGGACCAACAUGAAGGAAGAGAAACAGUACACUUUUACAAUAACUGAAGAUAAUAUAAAGAGACCUCAUUCUGGACCACACCUUAAAUCCAUCAGCCACCCUCACCUACCUGUGUCUCAUUCUGAAGGUGAUUUGAAAAAAUAUCAGGCUUUGCCACCAAUUGGUUCACCCAAAGAAACGAAAAGAAAAAAAACAAGCAACUAUGAUCAACAAGAAACACCCCCCCAACCUGUACCUCCAGAGUCUUUCCUUCUCCAUCUGGGAAUCACUGCAAGGACUCAUGCAAUUGGAGAGUAUUACAGCAACUUCCCAUCUGCAAUCAACAAAUUUAUGAUUGACCAACAUUAUGUAUUAUCACAAGGGACUGGUGACAAAGAGAGAGAAGAGCUGUCUGCUUUAGUUUCCUGCUCCAGACAUGAGAUAGGGAUUAUCCAGGAUGUACUCUCUGUUAUAUUCAGGGGUCUUCUUGAUGAUGACAAUUUCUAUCAGAGGAUGAGUGAGAUCAACCAGGAACCUGUGCCCUACUUCAGACAGCUUUGUGAAACCCAAUACACCACCAGCUCCAGGCCCUCCUCAGCCAGUAGUCAAAGUUCUGACCAAUCUCUUGUGGAUGGUGAGUUUGGAGGUGACCUGGAACAAAUUCCCUUCAACAGACAGGCUGUUGUGGAUCAAAAUACAGAGGAGAGAGUUAUGAGUAGAACUCAUCAGAUUAUACAGCAUAAUUCAGAGUCAUCGCUGUCCAUAGCCGAUAGAUUGACAGAUGCUGACAGAGAUCAUGAAAGUAGCUCUGUACAAAGACAGGCAGUGCGAAGAUUGCCAGAGUUUGAGUCAUUGGUGGAAUCUGUUCUUGAAAAUUCCAUUUUAAACUUGCUAACAGAAGCAAACUGUGGAGAGGUUAACUUGACAUUGCGGAGCAGAGUGAUAGCUCUACCACCUAACAGGGCAAACAAAUCAACUAGAUAACAGGUGGAUCACACCAAUAGUGUGUGGGGAGAUUGUGAAAUAAAUUUAAUCCUGUACAUUGGAAGAAAAUCAGUCAGCAAAAACAUGUCCUCGAGUGUCUCUAGACCAUUUUGAUGUACAUUUUAAACUAGGCUGUAUUUAUAAUUUGGUCUUCAGAGUGUCUUUUACUUUUUAUUAACAAUAAUAACUGUACAUAUGGCACCCCCAGUACAAAUCUGAGUGCUAGGAUUAUUUCCUUUCCCUUGUAUCUUUCCAAAUGUUGAGAUGCAAUCUUGUAUGGAUUUCUUGUAUUUAUAAUAAAUGUGGAGCAUUGUAACUUAGAUUUUUUUGUUACCUGGGCUGCAAUCCUUUCCCACAUGCUCUCCUGCAGGGUCUUAGAGCCUUGCUCCCCCCCCCCCCACCCCCUCAGCAUUUUGUAAACUUCUGUUCAUUCCAGGAACUUUCUGUGGUGAUGUUCAUGCACUUUGUUCUGUUAAUAGUAUUAUUGUAACUGGCAAUUACACAAAAACAACCUGAAUUUGUUCAGAAAAAAGUUAUACAAUAUUAACAUAAUAGCCCAAGUGAUUACAGAGAUUCUUGUGCUCUUAUUGGUUGAGGAUUGCAUCAUCUCUCACCUCCUGCCAGGUGACUAUAGCACUAAUUACUGGCUACCAAAAUGGCUGCCAAAAUUCAAUUUUGAGGAGCACAAAAGAUGCUACUAAAGUUUCAAAGUAAGAUAUGAAGGAAAAGUCACAUUCAAGAAGAGAUCACAACAAACAGCAAAAAAAGUACUGAGGCUUCACAGCAAUUUUUAUUUUUAAUCAUUUUGAGAUUUCUGUUUAUUAGAUUCAUUUUGCUAAUAAAUAUUUAAAAGAAAGGAAACACUGGAUUGUGAACCUGAAUGUAAAAAAGGAAAACAAUGAAGAAAACAUUACUAAAACUUACUAAUUCAUUGUGCUUUGAGGAGGUACUUAAAUAAUAAGAAAAAGGACAUUUUUGUCUCUCCUCUCUGGUGCAUAUAUUACUCAACAUUUUAUAAUAAUCCUUGCUUAUUCCCUUUGUAAUUCUUACUUUUUACCAAGAAUAUAAUUUUUAAGAAACCUUGGAAAAUAGCAGAUAAUUCAUUAAUAGUGAUUUUGUUGAUACUACUUAUCUAUCUCAUGAUGGAUAAAAAGCUCAAUCUUUGAUUCAUAUUUAAGUUUACUCCUCUGCAUAAAAACAUAAUAACUAUUAUGAAACAAAUACCAACUCUUUCAAGGGAGCAGGAGGGGGGGGGGGCA